GGGGUGGGAUGCAACGAGCACGCCCAGGCUCAGGCAGGGGUGGGUGGGGAGGCGUGUGUGUCUGGGAGAGCUGCUGCUUUUGGGGGAGGGAGCAGCACAGAUCCUAUAUCCACCGCCUCGCCGGCAGCCUCCCUGGCACAGCUGGGAGGUCCCGGACCGAGCAUCGACCUCUGCAACCGGCUGCCCGUGGAGCUGGGGGAGCGCCCGGUCCCCCCUCCCUGGCAAUGGGCACUGCCUGGGAGGUGUGCACGCUCCUCUCCGCGGCGUUGCUGGCUGCCCAGGCUUUCCCCCAGACAAACAUCAAGAUCAGCCAAGCCAUGCCAGAGCCCGUCCACGCCUACUCCUGCCCGCUCUUCUGGACAGAAUACGAAGGCCACUGCUACCGGUACUUCCCCAUCAACAAAACCUGGGCUGAAGCUGACCUCUAUUGUGCCGAGUUCUCCAUUGGCAUCAGAUCAGCCAAGCUGGCCUCCAUCCACAGCUGGGAAGAAAACGUCUUCGUAUACGACCUGGUGAACAGCCGCGUGCCAGGCAUCCCCACUGACAUCUGGACAGGGCUCAACGACCUGCGGCAGGAGGGUCACUUCGAGUGGACGGACGGCUCCUCCUAUGACUACCACUACUGGGAUGGCAGUCAGCCCGACGACGGGAUCCACUCCAUCCCGGAGGAGGAGGACUGUGUGCAGAUCUGGUACAGGCACAGCAGCGCACUGCGCUCCUGGAAUGACAACGCCUGUGGCAGAGCCUUCCCCUUCGUCUGCAAGAUUCCCUCACUGGCCCUGGACUGAGGCUGCUGGCACUGCCCACACCCCUUCAUUUUGGGUCACCUCUCCAGCCAUGCCAGGGAAGAGCAACCAGGACGUAGCACGGGUGGUGAGAGCUGUGGAGCUGUUCGGCAUCCCAAGCCAGACCCCGGCUGCAAAACCCCUCCUGGAAGUGCCGUGGGGAUGAACCCGGCACUCACCCUCCCCAUGGGCAAAUGGCAAUGGGAGCUGUGUUAAAGAGUGAAGGAGGCCCCCAAGCCUGAGCCUGGCUUUGGGUUUCAGAUCAACUAUCGCAGUAUAUUAGAGGAAACCCAUGAUUUUACUAACACACCAAACUGUUAGCACCAAAAAAUAACCGUGUGUAGGAAAUGAUUUUGCUUGUUGAUCUGCAAAGAGUGGAGGAAAAGUGUUAUUUUCUGUUAAGUUAUGCAAAAUGCCUCUUGUGUGUGUUAUUUUUCUCUCCACUAAAAUAAAUGGCAAACAGCA